UAUCCUUUUGAAAAUAUCAAAUUUUCCCGUUUCAUCAUUAUCGUUUAGGAACUGCGACAUAUAAUGUUCGUGUGAUUCAGUGUUACAUUAUAAAUAUGUUUCAAACAUGUAAAGGUGUACUCGUGGUAUUGUCUUUUCUUAUAAUUGCUGCACGUUGUGGAUUGGAAAUAAUACCGGAGCGGGCGAAGGUUAUUUAUGUCAAUCAAAAAUACUUUUAUAAUUUAAGCCUUGAGGUAAAGAAAUAUAGCAGAACCAGCCCAUACUACUUUAACUUAGAUAUGACGACCAAACAACCAUGGACUAACAACGUUACGUUGCACAUCAGUUUUAAUGAGGACGUCCAGAACGAGUAUCGUAGUUCAUUUAUUGAGAUGCAUCGAAAGUUCUGUGACUUAAUGAAAUUCGACAAAUUUAUUGGAAAUAUGAUCAAAUAUUUCGGAAUAGAUUGCCCGUUGCCAGCUGGUACGCUGAGAUUGAUCAACGUAACAGUAGUCCUAGACACACUUCCAAACGUGUUUCCAUUUCAAAAAUGUCGCAUUGCCACUGAAGUAAAAAUCACUGCUACAAAUGAAUCAAUGACCGUAGCUAAGCGAGGGCAAGCAGUACCGGAGUGCUCCGCCGAAUGCUCCACCGAGCUUUCCAAGGCCAAGAUCGGCAUCAGCCCAACAGCUGCUAUUGUGUUUUUAACCAAUCCGAGAUCCAUGGUUUGGGUUGUGGGCUCAAAGCCGGGUUCUCCUCUCAAAAAUCUGAAGACCAGCAUGAGUUUUUCAGUGGCUAGGCGGAGGUACUACGUUUUCAUUGGCAUGCACUUCUCCCCCGACGGCGUCCUGGUGGAGUUUGAAUACUUCUUCAACUCUAUGAAGUUGUCGAUUAGUAGACAGGUGACGGGAAAGAAUCUCGACCUCGCUAACUUGAAUGCCACAUUAUACAUACAAGUUUAUCUCAUAUGA